CGUGGAUGUAAAGACACUGAAGCACGAUGCUUUCCUCUAAGUGGAUCUCUAAGACUUUAUUUACAAUUCUGAUGCUUCAGCUCACAGCAACAGCUGGACAACAGCGAGCUUUUUUCACUGUUAAAACUGGUGAUGGAGUCACUUUACCCUGUGGAAAUGUGACAGAGAAGAAACACAACUGUGACAGAAUCACAUGGACGUCAGGUCAGCCAGGAAACAGAAGUGUAUCAUUGUUUGAACAAGGAAAUUUCACAGAAAAGGCUAACGCUAAGUCAGGCAGACUGAGUGUCACAGCAGACUGUUCUCUGGUCAUAGAGAACGUCACAAUGGAGGAUGUUGGUCACUACUACUGCAGAUCAAAUCACCUCAGGAAGGUUGAUCUGUCUGUUGUUACCAUGACUGAACAAAGAAACAAUGGAAAAGUCACCUUUACCUGCUCUGUGUCUCAAUACAUAUACUGCAGACACAAAGUGUGGUGGCUGUAUGAGGGGAAAGAGAAAAUAUCACCAGAUGUGAAUGUAACAUCCUCCUGCUCUGCAGCUGUCACAAUCCCAGCAUUUCAUCUGCAUCAGAACUCAAUGUUUUAUGAAUUAUUAAAGUGCAAAGUACAUGAUGGAUAUGAAGCCAAACAAUACCAGCUGUUCACCUUCAACCAUCAGUCAUCAGGGAAGAAAAGAGAACAGCCAACAGCAGCUACAGCAACUACAUCAGCAACAACUAACUCAAUAUUAACCAAAUCAGACAGAACUGAAUCAGCAUCUUCAACCAGCAGCAGGUGGCGAACAUCAGAAACCCCAACAGCAACUUUAUUUACCGAAAAUAAUCAAACAAAAUCACAAGGGUGGAUUUGGUGGGCUGUCAUUGUGUCCAUGUUGUUAGCAGGACUCUUAAUAACUGUGAUGGUAACCAUUGGAUGGAUAAAAACUAAAGGAAGUAAAAACCAGAAGGAAGACCAACCUCAGGUUGAGCCUUAUGCUUCUUAUACAUCCAUGAAUCUCGGCAUGGAAACCAGGACAAAAAGCAACGUCCCUGACCCUGUGAUCUACAGCACUCUGCAGCCUCAUUCUGCUGUGAUCUGAUUGGCUGCUGUCCAUAACAGAAGAAAAAGCAACAUUUUCCUUUCAUUUGUUGUGGAUUUGAAUGUUUUGUUCUGGAUCGUUUCUGCUUGUUUGAUGCCUAAUCUGCUCCCAUCCUGCCUCUCUGCAGUGCUUGGAUCACAAUCCUUCAAACAUUUAAUGCAUUUAGAAAGUUCAUUGUAAUAUAUGUAUUUUUUAUGCUAGCAAAUCAUGUAUUCAGUAGAAUUAAAGUGUUUUUCAUUCCAUUGAUUUAGUUGUAAUGUCUAAUAAAGUUGCCAAGCUCCAUCUACCUGAUAAA